AUGCUUGCUGGUAGAGUAAACUUAUCACGCCUGAGUGGCAAGCCUAUAACGACGUAUAUAAAGAGCAAGUAUGGCAAGACAGCACUGGAUACCUUCAGACGAACUGAGAAGCUUUCCUACCGCUCCAGGAAGCUGCAGAAGGACAUUAAAUUUCUGAACAUAUGUAAAGACUAUGAUGUUAUCCCACAAUUCCUUAAUUUUCGCGUUUAUAACCCUGUAUUUGAAAGCACCCUCACAUAUCGCUACUGGUGUUUUGUCCUCCUGGACCGAGAAAUUACUAGUCAAAAGAAAAAAGAAACUAUUGUCAAUAAUAAACUCACUAAGGAAUUAAAUUUGUUAAAGUCUACAUUAUCACGACUUGAUUACAUUUGUAUCUCAAGGCUGAUCAAGAACAAUGUUCAUAAAAAAAUAGCUCAUGUAGACAAAAUCCAUAGUAAGAAGCUCCUAAAAUUAGGCAUUGAUAUUAGGAAAAAAGUGGAUAAAUCGAAAAUAAUCUUCAAUUUCUCUGACAAAAUUCUAUCUGAAGAACAAAAAGAUGUACUAUCUCUCAGACUGGAUUACUGUAUGCCUCCAUCUAAAGUUAAUUUUCAUAAAUCUUACCUAUAUUUUGAAAAGCUAUGUGGAAACAUAAAAAACUGUAAUAUUUACAAAAACAACUUUAACAAUGUCACCAACAAUAUAGCAACAAUAGCUAACAACACCUUUAGGAAGUUCUCACGCCAAGUUAAGCAGGAUAACGAGCCUGAUGGCAUCAUAUCACCCCUACAGUCACUCAAAAAGGACAGCAGUAUUAUCAUCACCAAACCUGAUAAAGGUCGUGGAGUCGUAAUUUUAAAUAAAUGUGACUAUCAACAUAAAUUACUUAAUAUUCCUAGUGACCGCACGAAAUUUAAAAGAAUCACUAUUGAAGUAUCCAAACACUUAUUGUACUUGGAGGACAAACUAAAAAGACUACUUCCUACCAUCAAAUCAUCCAUUAACGAAAACACUUAUAACUUACUAUCAACAUCUGGCUCCCGUCCUGGUUUACCUUACGGUCUUCCUAAAGUGCACAAACCAAAUAUUCCACUUAGACCCAUUAUCUCUUCCAUUGGCACCUUUAACUAUAACACUGCAAAAUUUCUUGUCCCCAUUAUCUCCCCUUUAACUGCCAAUCAGUACACUAUAGAAAAUUCUACAUCCUUUGCUAAUGAAAUUACGGCCCUUAACUUUAAACAACCAAUCACCAUGGCGAGUUUUGAUAUAGAGUCACUCUUUACUAAUGUUCCCCUUCAUGAAACCACCGACAUUAUAGUUAACAAUUUAGACACCUCCCAGCUUACCAAAAUUGGUUUAACAAAAGAUAACUUCAAAACAUUACUAGAUCUAGCCGCCUAUCACUCAGUGUUCACUGUUGAUGAUGGUCUUUAUACCCAAACAGACGGGGUAGCUAUGGGCUCCCCUUCAGGCCCCUCCUAUGCCAAUGCAUUCUUGUGCCACCAUGAAAAUAAGUGGCUUGAGCAGUGCCCGCCAGAAUUCAAACCUUUACACUACCGACGCUACAUUGAUGACACUUUCGUUCUUUUCAAAUAUCCAUCACACAAAUUUGUUUCUAAAUUAUUUGAACUCCAAGCAUCCGAGUAUCAAAUUCACCCACGAAACAACAGAACAACCAACUACUCUUUUUGGAUACCGUUGUCAUACCGCAAACAGACAUUUACUGGCCUAAGACCCCCUGGAGUCCCUGACCAGGUCACGCUCACCCUGAAUGUAUAUGAAGUUAUUAUAUUACGAGCGCUGGAGCCCAAAAGUUCUGAUUGGUCCCUAAGCGAAUUUACCUCAUGGCAUCACGUCCCUCUCCUGGCCACUUUACCUGCACAGCUUCCGGGCCAAACUCGCCUUGAAAUUGUGUUCUGUGUCACGAUUUUCGGGCCGGAUUUAGGUACUGAGGGACCAGGACACUUCAGGUUUGGGGGCCUCUCAACAAUUAAAGUUGAAUUAUAUGGCAAAUAA